AUGUCGGAUUCUGGAAGUUACGGUCAGUCUGGGGGUGAACAGCAAAGUUAUUCUUCCUAUGGAAAUCAAGGCAGCCAAGGUUAUGGACAAGCACCACAAAGCUAUUCUGGCUAUGGACAAACUACUGACUCUUCAUAUGGACAGAACUAUAGCGGCUACUCCAGUUAUGGACAAAGCCAAUCAGGUUAUUCACAGUCCUACAGUGGUUAUGAGAAUCAAAAGCAGAGCUCAUAUAGCCAGCAACCAUCUUAUAAUAACCAGGGACAGCAAAACAUGGAAUCGUCAGGAGGCCAAGGUGGAAGAGCACCUUCAUAUGACCAGUCAGACUAUGGUCAGCAAGAUUCAUAUGACCAGCAGUCAGGCUAUGAUCAACAACAAGGCUCUUAUGAUGAACAGUCAAAUUAUGAUCAGCAGCAUGAUUCCUAUAAUCAAAACCAGCAGUCCUACCAUUCACAAAGGGAAAAUUACAGCCACCACACACAAGAUGACCGUCGUGAUGUGAGUAGGUAUGGAGAAGAUAAUAGAGGAUAUGGCGGGUCACAGGGAGGAGGUAGAGGGCGUGGGGGAUAUGACAAGGAUGGAAGAGGUCCUAUGACAGGAUCAAGUGGUGGUGACCGCGGUGGCUUCAAAAAUUUUGGUGGUCACAGGGAUUAUGGACCCAGACCAGAUGCUGAUUCAGAAUCUGAUAAUUCAGAUAACAACACAAUCUUUGUACAAGGACUUGGGGAGGGUGUGUCUACAGAUCAAGUGGGGGAGUUCUUUAAACAAAUAGGAAUCAUCAAGACAAAUAAGAAGACUGGAAAACCAAUGAUAAAUCUGUACACAGACAAGGACACAGGAAAGCCAAAAGGGGAGGCAACAGUAUCGUUUGAUGACCCGCCUUCAGCUAAGGCAGCCAUUGACUGGUUUGAUGGAAAAGAAUUCCAUGGCAAUAUCAUUAAAGUGUCCUUUGCCACCAGAAGACCUGAAUUCAUGAGAGGAGGUGGAAGUGGAGGUGGGCGGCGAGGCCGUGGAGGAUACAGAGGCCGUGGAGGCUUUCAGGGGAGAGGUGGAGACCCCAAAAGUGGGGACUGGGUUUGCCCUAAUCCGUCCUGUGGAAACAUGAACUUUGCUCGAAGGAAUUCUUGCAACCAGUGCAAUGAGCCCAGACCAGAGGACUCCCGUCCCUCAGGAGGAGAUUUCCGGGGAAGAGGCUAUGGUGGAGAGAGGGGCUACAGAGGCCGUGGGGGCAGAGGUGGAGACCGAGGCGGCUAUGGUGCAGACAGAAGUGGGGGUGGCUAUGGUGGAGACAGAAGUGGCAGCGGUGGCUACGGAGGAGACAGAAGUGGGGGUGGCUAUGGUGGAGACAGAAGUGGGGGUGGCUAUGGUGGGGACCGAGGAGGUGGCUAUGGUGGGGACCGAGGAGGUGGCUAUGGUGGGGACCGUGGUGGGGGCUAUGGAGGAGACCGAGGAGGCGGCUAUGGUGGAGACCGAAGCGGCGGCUAUGGAGGAGACCGAAGCGGCGGCUAUGGAGGGGACCGAAGCGGCGGCUAUGGAGGGGACCGAAGCGGCGGCUAUGGAGGAGACCGAAGCGGAGGCUAUGGAGGGGACCGAGGAGGCUAUGGAGGAGACCGAGGAGGCUAUGGUGGAGACCGAGGAGGCUAUGGAGGAGACCGAGGAGGCUAUGGUGGAGACCGAAGUGGGGGGGGUUAUGGAGGAGACCGUGGUAGUAGCGGUGGCUACGGUGGGGACCGAAGUGGAGGCUAUGGAGGAGACAGGAGUGGUGGUGGCUAUGGAGGAGACCGAGGUGGAGGCUACGGAGGAGACCGAGGUGGCUAUGGAGGCAAAAUGGGAGGAAGAAACGACUACAGAAAUGAUCAGCGCAACCGACCAUACUGA